GCUGGAUCCACGUUUCGGUGUUGUUUACGCUGUGUUUUCUGUGCAUUAUCUGCUCAUUUAAGGUCUUCAUGAUGGCAGAAUGAGCUGACUUUAGCUGACGUUUCUUUCUCAAUCCUUUUGAAGAAAAGCUUUUAUAUCAAAAAACAUGAAUCUCGAAGAAUAUACAAAUCAUAUAAAUGGCCCAAGAUUAAACGGACAUGCUGUUCAAAUAAUAUCCCCAUCUGAUGACCAUUGUUUUGAAUUGAAAGAAGAUGCUUUAGAAUCGAUACUACUAGAUGAAAGGAUUCGAGAUAAGAAAGUAGCUGUGGUGUCGAUUGCCGGAGCAUUUCGCAAGGGCAAAUCAUUCCUUCUUGAUUUUUGCUUAAGAUAUUUGAAUGCAGGAGGUGGUCCUGAUUGGAUGGGUGAAGAAGAAGAACCUCUAACUGGAUUUUCAUGGCGUGGUGGCUGUGAAAGAGAUACAACUGGUAUUUUGUUGUGGAGCAAUGUAUUCUUGACCAAACUCCCAAAUGGUGAAGAGGUUGCAAUUUUAUUGCUUGAUACACAAGGGGCUUUUGACAGUGCUUCUACUGUCAAAGACUGUGCUACUGUAUUUGCUCUAAGUACAAUGACUAGCUCUGUUCAGGUGUACAAUCUUUCUCAGAACAUUCAGGAAAAUGAUUUGCAGCAUUUACAGUUAUUCACUGAAUAUGGAAGACUAGCCUUAGAAGAUACAAAGGAGCGUCCUUUUCAAAAACUGAUGUUUCUUGUUAGAGAUUGGAGCUAUCCAUAUGAAGCUGGCUAUGGUCUUGUAGGUGGUAAAAGAAUAUUAGAAAAAAGACUCACAAUAUCAGAAAAACAGCAUCCUGAACUGCAGCAGCUACGUAAGCACAUCCGUGCAUGCUUUGCUGAUACGUCAUGCUUUCUAAUGCCUCACCCUGGUCUGAAAGUUGCUACAAAUCCUCAUUUCGAUGGUCGACUUUCUGACAUUGCUGACAAUUUUCGAGAAAAUCUGAAAAUUUUGAUUCCAUAUUUAUUAUCAAGCCAAAACUUGAAUUUAAAAGAAGUGAAUGGAAAAAAAAUUACUUGCAAAGAAUUGCUGGAAUAUUUUAAGGCUUAUGUGAAAAUAUUUCAGUGUGGUGAGCUUCCAGAACCAAAAACAAUGCUUGUAGCAACUGCUGAAGCAAAUAAUCUUGCUGCUGUUACUAAUGCUAAAGACCAUUACUGUAAUGCAAUGGAAAAGAUUUGUGGUGGGGAUCAGCCUUAUCUAAGACCAAAUCAGCUGGAAUUACAUCAUAAUCACUUGAAAAAUGAAUGUGAAAUUCUUUUUAACUACACAAGGAAAAUGGGAGGAGAAGAAUUUUCUAAACAAUAUUGUGAGAAGCUUCUGAAGGAGCUGGACCUGCUUUACUUGAACUACAAAAAACACAAUGAAGGCAAAAAUAUAUUUGCUGCUGCAAAAACUCCAGCUACUUUGUUCACACUGGUCAUAAUUUUAUAUUUUGCAUCUGGAAUUUUCGGCUUAAUAGGAGUGUAUGCAAUAGCCAAUCUUUGCAAUCUUGUCAUGGGUUUGGUGCUUCUGACUCUCUGUUUAUGGACAUAUAUUAGAUAUAGUGGGGAUAUGAGGGAUGUUGGCUCUCAAAUUGACAUACUAGCAGCUAGUAUUUUCAGAGAGAUUUUGAAGCCAAUAUAUAAAAUGCUUUCUGAUCAUUCUCUUACUCAGUUUAUCAACUUUGCAGAUGAAAAUGAAUUUAGUUCAAGCCAAAUAAUCAGGAAUCAAAUUAAGCAAAAAUUUUCUUGAUAACUCAUGCCACUUAUAUUUUUGUAAAGAAAUAUUUAGUUUAACCCAGUGCCUAAAAUUUAAAAAAUGAGCUGAAAACUUUUGUGAUCUUUGAAUAUCAUGAUGGAGUAUGAUAAAAUAUUGAAUAUUUUUAUGUUAUAUUUUGGAGACAUAUAUCUGCUUUUUAUCACUAUUCCACAUUAAAUGAAGCAUACUUUAAUGUUUCAAAUAUUAUUGUAACUACGAAACCUCUCAUAUUGUGUCAAACUAUCGUUCAUUUUUAUUGUUAUUCUUCACAUUUUUCAGCAUGCUUUCUUAAACCAUCUUUUAUAAAAUUUCAAAAAUUUAACUAACGCCAAAAUAAACUGCCUAGGUUAUAAAAAUGUACUUAAACUAUGUCCAUGCAUGUCAAAUUUGUUUUCAUAUACGAUUUCAUUUUGAACUUCAUCCAAAAAUAAGUUAUUAGAAAAGAAAAUCAUAGUUUUGUAAGUUGUAGACUAUAACUAUUAUAGAACGUACGUCUCUGAUUAACUCUUUGAUAAUUAUAAGAAUGUCACUGCAUUAAUAUUUCACAGCAUUACAAGUCAAAUGCGAUGCAAAACCAACAAAAGCAUUGUUCCAAUUAAAAGAUCUACAUAAUAACAAACAGUUGUUUAAGGAUGUCCCUUCUCCCCCUUUUUGAGUUUGGAAGACUAUUUUUUUUUUUUUUUUUUUAAUUUUUGCAUUAGCCACAUUGGUUUUGAUUAGACCUUUGUUUUUUGCUGAAUAAUGCUCUAUUAUACAAUAUACAGCAUGUCCCCUAUUUCACCUGCAAAACCACUAUUUUUGCAACCAUUAGUUUUAAGAUACGUACUUCUAAUUGCAAAAAUGGUCAGAAUAAAGCUCAAAGUUAAUAAAUUAAAAAUUUAAAGCAAAAAAUAAAUGCAAUGAAAUGAAAAUAAGUGAAAUUCAAUUUUUUAUGCAAACCCUAGGUUUCCUAACUUAAAUUUGGGGAAAUAAAAAAUUGGUCCAAUACAAAAAAACAUUUGCGACCAAAACUCGAGGAAAUAUUGAAGUUCAAAGUUUUAAGGAGUUGUGCAGAUGAUGAGAAAUGACAGGUCGUCAAGUAAAUAAAGAAAACAUUUAUAAUUUUCGUUGCUUUUGAUAAAUAAAUUUAAAUGUUAUGCUAUGAUCUGUAAAAACACACAACAAAAGCUUGUGCAAUUCAAAAAAAAAAAUGCACUUUAUGCACGCAUGUAAUUUUAAACCCUUGUUCUGCCACAAUAUUUUCCCCCAAAAGGUGUUCCUGACUGUGAGUAUAAAGUGGUGUAAAUCUUAAAAUGCUGCAUUUCAAGUCGAGGUGAAUAUUUGUUGGUAGUAAUGUCAAGCUUUUUGUGUUAGAAUUAUUUUUAAAUGGAGAUUAUUUCCCUAAAUUUAAGUUAGGGGAUUAAGGGUUUAUAUAAACAGUUGGAUUUUAUAUUUUUUCCCAAAUUUUUUUCUUUGCUACAAAAUUUCAGUAUCUUAACUUAGCCUGUUUUUUUUUUUUUUUUUUUUUGACCAUUUUUGUAAUUGGAAGUAUGCAUCUAGUAAUGGUUGAAAAAAUAGAGGUUAAACAGGCACUUUUCAAAAAUUCAUUUUUAUAGACUUCUUGUGACCAGUUUUUCUGUAACUUUUUUCACACAAAAGGUAUGCUCCAGCUGUCAGUAUCCAAACAAAAUUAAAUUGCCUAUGCAUUUACGGGUCCAGCAAACAAAUUUGAGGACAAAAAAAAACUUUUUAAUCAACUUCUAUCAUAAAUGCCUGGGAAUAAGCUGUAAAUUUUAGAAAAUUGUUUACAUACUACGUGCAAUCAUUUUACAUAUUUUCCUGAAAGUUUCACUCAUAUUUUUGAAGAUUUAAGCAUUUCUUCCAAAAAUAUGAAUUUUAUUUGAAGAUUUUUGGCUCAUAACACACACGCAGAAUUUUCCAUAAAAUCUUACGAAGCUUUCAGAAAAUUUCACAGCAUACAAGAGAAAAAUACUGAAAUUUGAAGUAAAAAUAUUGAAAAUUUGAUUAAAUAUGAACGUUUAAAGCAAUUGUUCACAGCAUAUGUACGAAAGACAGCAAUUUAUAUGGCGAAAGAAUUCCUGUUCAAUACCUUAAAAAGAUAUUAGUGACAUUUAAUGAGCUAAAUUUUGAUUGUUCUUGGAUAAAUACAAAUACAAAAGUGACGACCAGCAAUAGGCUCUGGGCCCAGCCUAGCUGGGCCCAGACCUAGUCAAUUUACGAUCCCGAGUGAAGAAAGAUCAAUGGCCCUCUUAAAACUAUCUACUCCCUUGCUCAUUACCACCACUUUUGGUAAGCUGUUCCAAGGUUCCACUACACUGCUAAAAUAAUAAUUUUUCCUAAUAUCUAUGGUAGCCUAAGAUUUAAAUAGCUUAAAACAAUAACUCCUUGUCCUGUUUUCAGUGCUAAACUUUAGCCCCGUAACAUCUUUCAUUUUAAUAAAUUUCAACAACUGAAUCAUGUCCCCUCGGUCAUUUCUUUGCUCAAGACUGUACAUUUUUAGUAUUCUAAGCCUGGAAUCGUAGUCCAAAUGAGAAAGUCCAUUUAUUAGCCUUGUAGCGUGCCUUUGAACCCUUUCCAAUACAUUAAUAUCUUUCUUAAGAUAAGGAGACCAAAACUGAACAGCAUACUCCAAAUGAGGUCUUACCAAACUUCUAUAUAAGGGCAGAAGAACUUCUUUAGAUUUGUUUGAAAUAGAUCUAUUGAUAAACCCAAACAUCUUAUUGGCCUUGUUACUAGCAAUGCUGCACUGUUGGCUAAACUUUAAAUCCUGACUUAUUAAGACCCCCAGAUCAGUAACUUUGUCUGCCUGACUAAUGACUGAACCUUGCAAAUAAUAACUUGUACACUUAUUUCCACGCCCUAAAUGUAGCACUUGACAUUUCCCAACAUUAACAGCCAUACCUCAUUUAUCAGCCCACUUCGUAAUAUGAUCUAGAUCCUCUUGCAGCUGAUUUGCUUGUUCUUCAUUUUCUACAGUCCCCAUAACUUUGACAUCAUCAGCAAAACAAUUCAUGUUCCCAGAAAUAUUUUUGUGAAUAUCGUUCAUAAAGACAAUGAACAAAACAGGCCCUAACACUGAUCCUUGAGGAACCCCACUUAAAACCUCACUCCAUUUAGAAUAAUUUCCCCUUACAACUACCCUUUGUUUCCUUUCGGUCAGCCAGUUAUUUACUCAAAUGAAAGUUUUCGCUCCUAUUCCUAUAUCAGCUAAUUUGCCAAGUAGAGAAACAUGCGGUACCUUAUCGAAAGCUUUUUGAAAAUCAAUGUAAACAACAUCUACAGGCUUCUUAUUGUCUAAAGCCAUGGUAAUUUUGUCAUAGAAAUGUAAUAAAUUAGUUGCGCAAGAUUUACCUUUCCUAAAACCGUACUGAAAACUAGUCAAUAGAUUAUUAGUCUCUAAAAAAUUUACUAUCUUAAUUUUUAUCAAUGUUUCAAAAAUUUUGCAAACCACCAAAGUUAGGCUCACAGGUCUAUAAUUUCCCGCACUCCCUUUAGAGCCUUUCUUGAAGAGCAGUGUAAUGUUAGCCAGCUUCCAAUUCUCUGGCAGGCAAUGGAUUGUAAGAGAUCGUUCAUAAAUUGGCAACACUCGCCUGCAAUCUUUCAAUUUGGUUUGGGACAAAAAAGAAAAGAUAGUUAGUGAACAAUCCCCUAUGUUUCAUCGCUCUUUUGAGAAAAAUUAAAAUACAGCUCUUUAGAUCGCUCAUAUCUUUCUAAAUUUUUUCUGAUAUUUAAUUGCUACUUCUUUUAUAUUAUGAAGUUUAUAAAUGGCUAUCUUUCACGCAUGCACAGUGAAAAAUUAAUUGCUGUAAACGUUCGGAACAUUUCUUCAAACUUUCAAAAAUUUUACUUCAAAUUUUAGUAUUUUUUUCUUGUAUGCUGUCAAAUUUUCUGAAAGUUAAGUGAAAUUUAACUGUAAAUUCUGUAUGUUAUGAACCAAAAACCUAGUAAUAAAAUUUAUAUUUUUGAAACAAAUGCUUAUUCUUCGCGAAUAUAAGUGAUAAUUUCAUGAAAAUUGUAAAAAUAGUUUUACAUAGUAAGUAAACUAAUUUCUAAAAUUUAGAGCAUGAAGGAUGAUCAAAAAAGGGUUUUGUUUUCUCAGUUUUUUGCUGGUCCCCUAAAUGCAUGGCUGAUUUAAUUGUUAUUGGAAAAUGAUGGCUGGAGUAUAUCUUUUAUGUGAAAGAAGUUAGAGAACAAUUGGUCUCUUAUUUCUCAACAAAUUAUAAAAGUUUAAAUACACUCUGUCGCAAAAAAAUAUAUGCACCCAGAAGAGAUUGAGCUACACUCACGAAACUUGGCAGGCAUGUAGUGUAUAAGGAGAUAAGAAGAUGAUUAAAAAUUCAUAAUAAAAGAUAAUUUUAUUAAGCAAUUACAGCAUGCAAAAGGUUACAAAUUAGUAAAUAGUAAAGCCACCUCUGGCAGCUAUACAAGCCGAAACACGACGUGGCAUUGAAUCAAUUAGGUCACUUAUGACCCCCUGCGGAAGAUCAUGCCAUAAUCUUUGCAACUGCAUCGUUAAUUCCCCUGUAUCCCGGGAUGGCUGCAGUUGCCUUCUCAGCACGUCCCAGAUGCGCUCUGUUGAUGAAAGGUCUGGUGACCUGGCUGGUCAUGGUAGUACGUCAUAUCCCUGAACACAAUGUUGAGAGAGUCGCACAGUAUGUGGACGAGCAUUGUCCUGCUGAUAAAUGGCACCUGGGCGACCUGAUAGCAUAGGCAGAACAAUCAGCGUUAAAAUGCUGUCCACGUAUCUGCGAGCUGUCAAAGUGCCUUAGAGAACAACUAGAGGUGAUCUUGUGUCCCAAGAAAUCGCUCCCCACACUGUCAUACCUUGUGAAAUGGUUGUAUGCAGCUCGACAACAAAUGCCGGAUCCGAGUGCUGACCGGUGCGCCUCCACACAAGUGUAUGGUGAUCAGCAGCACUGAAACUGAAUCGGGAUUCAUCGCUGAAAAUCACACGCCUCCAGUCUGUUACACUCCAUGCUGCCUGAGGUCGGCAAAAAUCCAGACGACACUGCCUGUGAUGUGGAGUCAGUGGCAAGUGCCUUGACGGAAGUCGGCUCCUUAAGCCAACUUCGGCUCCAGCCAAGUCAUCUCCUAAUGGUUUCCCUUGAUACCAGCGGGUGCCUGGAAGGAAGUAAGUGGCAUUGAAUCGAUGCUAGUGAUGUUGUCGGUGUCGACGUGGCCGCUCUUCUGAUUGUGCUAUCCUCGCGUUCAUUUGUGUUCCUGGGACGCCCUGAUUCUCCACAACGGUAGACUCUCCCUUCCAUGAUCCACUGUAGCCAACACGGAGCAACUGCCAUAUCACUCCGACCGAGGUGGCGGCCGAUAUUCCUGUUUGACCAACCUUCUUCUCUGAGGCCUAUUAUACGGCCCCUGUCAAACUCCGUCAGCUGUUCGUACUGCCACUGUUUACGUCUUACAGGCAUCUUAAGUCACAAUACAGUCUACCAAAGUCAACAGAUUUGAUUGAAUAGCCCUACGGCACAAGUACUCAGGUUUUUAAACUCUCCCACCUGUGCAACUCACAUGCUUAUAACGUGCUUAGCCUUGUUUCAUUGGGGCUGAAAUUUUAAUCAUUUGCAUAUCGGCUACCAAACUGCAUUUGUACAGAGUUUCAUGAUUGUGGCUCUAAUCCUUCUAGGUGCAUAUUUUUUUUAUUUUUUUUUGCGACAGAGUGUAUUUGAAAGCGUCUCAAUACUUAUGUUUCUACAGUUUAUGUUAUUUCAUUCUUUGAGAAAAUAUUGCCUGUUGAUAAAAAUUUCAUUUUAAAACUUUCGACUAUAGUUUACAUUCAUUACAUUUUUAUCAAUAUUAAAGCUUUUAAAGUAUUGAUCAGUUAAGUAUUGAAAAUAAAUCUUUAGACUCAAGAAAGUGGACUUAUGCACAAAGUUAUACACUAUGUAUUAAGUACAUAUGCAGCAUCCAUACAAUGUUUUAUAUGAAUUUAUUACUGUCUUGAAAACUUUUACCACUGUAAUGCAAGUUACUUGUAUUUUUAUAUAAAUUAAAAAUGGUAAAUAAAAUUAUAUGGAAAAUGA